AUGUCAGAUUCCGUGCCGUUGAUGGCCGAAGACGAUCAGCUCUUCCCCACUCGCUCGCCCCACCUUCCCCCGAAAUUGAUGUCACUUGUAGCGCCUCCAUUCUUUCUUCUCUUUCUUAUACCCCGCUCUAACGAUCCUUUCAAAGUCCACUCUUUUCCACUGAUGCAGCGCGUGUGGUCGACGUAUUUAGAGCAACACCAGCGGGAGAGGUCUGAAACGAACAGUCCGCAGUUGAUGCAGAUAGAUAAUGAAUCUCCCCGCUCGUCCAGACGCACCUCAGUCGCCAGCGCCGCCUACUCACAAGCUGGCUCCACUCGUCAUAUGCUCGCCGACAUGAACAAUUCCUCUUCCGACUACAGCGGCUUCCUCGAGCCACCCAGCGCCCCCUUUGCAGGCAACCGUGGCUCCAGAGAUAACCUCUCUGUCACCUCUGGGACUGGAAGCAACCUCUCCCUAAGCGUCAACUAUAUCCCGACGAAGUUUUCUGCAUCGAUCAUCUCGCCUGGGGCCAGGUUUCGAGGCGGCAAGGGCGAUGGGCCGAACCUACCGAAGAGAGGAGGAGGGCUGGAUGCAUUCAAAUCUAAUGAGGCGAGAAUGCCGCAGGGGAAGGGAAGGCUGAGGUGGAACAAGUUCAAGUGGGUGCUGCUCUUCACGAACAGCAUGCUGACUCUCUACUCCCUCGGCGCCCUCGUCAUCUGCCUCCUGACCUGGUUCGACGUCUGGACCCACGCCGACGUCAUCCGCACUGGCAACCGCCCUGAGCUCAUCCUCUCGACAUUCGCCUCCUGCCUCGGGAUCUUCACCUCCGUCAUCGGGUGGGCCGGGCUCCUACUCAACAACCGCGGCUUCCUCGCAUGGUACACCUUCCUGACGUGGAUCACGUUCGCGUUCCUCGUUGUUCCGGGGUACAUCACGUACAAGAAGCGAACGUUCAACCUUGAAGGCAAGAUCAACGCGCAGUGGUCGCGCGACCUCGGCUCGGAGGGACGGAUGAGGAUCCAGAACCAGCUCCAGUGCUGUGGGUACUUCUCGCCGUUCAUCGAGGCGACGGUCAGCCAGACAUGCUAUGCCCGAAGCAUCCUCCCAGGAUGCAAACUGCCGUAUUUGCAGUUCGAGAGGCGCAUUCUCGAUUUGUGGUACACUGCGGUGUUCUCGAUCGUUCCUGCUCAGAUACUGGUAAUGCUCGCCGGGCUGCUCUGCUCGAACCAUAUUACGCAUAGGUUCGGGAAGGGCAUGAUGCCUGAGGCAUACAGGCUGAACAUGAACACGAUGGCAGUGAUUAUGGACAACUACGCCAAUCAAUUGGCUGACCAGUAUGGCCAAGAUGUCGCUGCUGAGAUCCUCAAACGCUCAAGAUCGAACCUGCAGCAACUCGAGUCGAUGCCGACUGUGGGCUACACCUCUGCACGCGCUCAGAACCCUCCUCAACACAUGCCUUUGUCACCGUUCCAUGCGAAGUACGACUCGGUGCGGAACCCCCCUGACACUGCGAUCUAG